AACGCCUAUAUACCCGAAUCAGCUGAAGACCUGGACGUGCUAAAACCAAAAGCAACUAAUAACAAAAACAAUCAUGUCCCUUGGAACACUUUUUCUCGGGGCUGUGGUGAUGUUAAUGAUAACGUCCAGGUGCUCUGGWGACUUCUGCGAUCAAGGCCCACCCGGUAAAUUUUGCUUGAGUGAUUUAUCAGGGUACCGCGACUGUGUGGUGGUUAAAUAUACCAUCCAGGAAAUCAUUAGGAAAUGCCCAGCAGGAACAAGGUGCAACUGUAUGGGUACACCAUGUCGCUCCGCCAAUCCAUGUAGGAAGUACAGGCUGCCUCCGAUCAUGCCUGAUAGCUACCACUAUGAAUAUAACGAGAAAUUGCACAGGUGCUCUCCUAUAGGAUGCAGAACUACGUACAGCCGAUUCGCUGUGUGGCGUGACAGUAAAAACCUCAGGCAUCGAGAAGAUCGCACUAUUGGAGGUGGUCAUGACCCUCCCUAUGAAUAUUUCAUCACCAUUCCUUAUAGACGAGGAAGACUCUUCAAGUUCCACAUCAUUCCCUCGAAGCGCAGUUGCACCAAACAACCAGUUCCAAAUGGCAUCCUUCCUCCAAAGAUCAAAGUCCCAACYAAAUUCAAGUUUUACGGCCGCAAAUACGUGUACGGCGAUUACUGCAAGCGCUGGGUSUGGGAAGAAGGCGGUCGAAAUCCUUCAAUAUUCAUUGACACUGAGACUUGGGACACAGCCAUGACAAUCAAYGGAACGCCCAGAAUUGUCCAGUACAGUGCGCACUUUCCAGGAAGCUACAUGUCCAAAACAAGUACCAAGAUAGAGCGGUAUUAUUACAUGUUUGUACCUGGCGUUCCUGAACAGAAUGUCUUCCAGUURCCMACCUACUGCCGUGUUUAGAAAAMCAAGUUGUCUAAUCUCCGUCGCRGUCGGUUUGAAACUCGCUUCAUUCCUCUAAUGGUCUUAUAUUGACGAUUUCUGAGAAGCGCGGUAGCUUUCAAAAACAUCGCAGGCGCRCGGGUAACUWUGGAAGUGGAAGCGGUCCUGCAAUAUUUUGAAAGCGAUCGCGCAYCUCUGCAAAUCYUUAAAAAMGUAAAGURGAGGAAUGGAGAAAAGCUCAAAAAGGCUGCGGGAGACAAGAUCGCACGAAUGGAAAAAUGUUAUGGCGAAAAGAUAUUACUAGAAWUUUAAAGUUAUCAAAUCAACUGAAAAUGUUUAUAAAUUUUUAUCAUUUAAUAGUUUUUUUACACCAUCUGAAUAAAUCUAAAUUUAGCAUAGUCUSUGUGGUAUUCCUGUGUCUCAGUGACACUGGGAACGCAACUCUUGGAAUAUCUGAUUGACAAGUAAUAAAUACAAAUGCAUUGAA